AUGCCCAGCACGGGGUCCGGGGUUUUCGCCGCUCACCAAUCACCAUCUCGUACCGUGCGUCGGCAUCGAGCGGACCAGCUUGACAGAGCCUUUGUAAUUUCUGCCGAGACGUGGAUGACGCACACGACUGGUCUCGGCGUUGGCUCGGCUGCGAGUCGCCACCGGGCGCUGAUUGGACAAAAGGGCGCGGAGUGCCAAGAGCGGGAUGCUCGGCGGACCUGGGCAUCCUCGGUUGACCUCUCCAACGCUCGGUAG